AACAUUUGCUCAGCUCUGUUGCCUCCAGCCUCCCCUUCUUUCUCUCGCCAGUCGUCCCUGCCAGCAUGCCCUCACUUUGGUCUCUGAAAUCGCCACUUGGUUUCACUUAGCGUGCGCACCCCUGGCGCUGGAUAUGGAGGCGUCGUCCAUUGUUUCCAAAGCCAGGACCGCCUUUCAUUCUGCGGCCGCUAAAGCCGAGAGAGUCUUCACGGACAUCAGAAAAUCGGAUAAUUCAUUAACUGACCGAGACGUCACAGUCGAUUCAAUCGGAGAAGAUUGUGACAGAAAAUCUGUUGAAUCCUCAGAUUCUGAUUCUAUAAACAACGCCGGCGACUCAAAGAGUCGCCAAGAAAUAAAAUACUUGACAAGAAAACCAGCUCCAUUGAAGACAAAGCAGGAUUGGCAAGAGAGAUUUAAGAACUUCAGAAUAGGGAGAAAAGGAGUUGAAGAUUUUGAGACAGCUCAACAUUCAACCAUGGAACUUUUUGAUGAAAAAGUGUUUGUCUUGAGCACAAGAGAUGCUUUUGAAUCAAAGGGUUCAGAAACAGGCUCGUCACCUGAACGUAUGACCAACACCAGUAUUAUCCCUCCAGCAUCUGUCCUGAAGCAAUUGGUUAUAGCCUUUGAGGCAGGAAAGAAGUACAAGUCAAUGAAAGAUCUUCUUGCAUCAUCCAGAGAUUCUUCACCUGUGAGGGAGAGGGCUUUAUCUGCUGUAAAGUCAUUAAUGCUACGUGAUAAAGAAGACAAGUUCACAGCUGAGUUUGGUGGGGAUGCAAAAGUUCUUUCUUUGUUAAAUUCACUGCUUGAUGCAGAAAGACAGUUUCCUGGGAGGAAGACUCAAUUCGGUUUCGAUACACUACCGAGUAUGACAUCUUUGCCAAAGGACAUCCAUGGUGCACCUCCAGCAAGUUUUGUUGUUGAACUUUCUGAAGUCAUUGGAAGCCUGAAGACCCUACGUAAGAUGUCAUUGUUUUGGUGCAAGGUUGUUGCUGAACUGAGAAGACUCUGGUCUGAAGGGCAAUAUGUUCCUGGCAUCCCAACUGAUGAAAUACCAGAUUUGAACUUAUGUCUUCUGUAUCAGAAGUUACAGGUUAUCAAUUGUUGCAUUUCCAGAAAAAGGCGCCGAUCCAACGCUGCUGAUUCAUUAGAAUCUCUAAUUAAGCUAGCUAAUUCAAACGUUGAACAAUCAGCUGCUGUGGAAGGCACUGGUUUGAUCACCUCUGGUUUGUAUGCUAGAAUUAGCACUGAGGAACUUGUCCUCCGACUGGGAGCUGAUAAGAAAUCUGACAAUUUAACAAUGUUGGAAACUGGUGAACCCAUUUAUACCCCUGUUGUGCAGGAAGAACCUUUGCUUACGGAAGAUCUUAUGAGAGAAACAGAGGAGCUUGUGCUACGAACAGGGAGUGUUGGUGCCGGGUGUUCACAACUACUCUCAGACAUGCAGGCUUUUAAGGCUGCAAACCCAGGUUGCAUUUUGGAAGAUUUUGUAAGAUGGCAUUCCCCGCCUGAUUGGACAGAAAUGGAGCCGAGUGGUACAUCUGAAAAUGCAUUCAGAGAUGGUGAUUCAUCAUGUGCAAGAGGUCAACUAAGUAAUAGAAUGCAAAAAGAAGGCAAUUUGUGGCGUGAACUGUGGGACACAGCAAAGCCAAUACCAGCUGUUAAACAGGCACCCCUCUUUGACGAAGACUUAGCAGUGGAAGACAUUCUGAAUGAUUUGGAGGAGAUUCCACCUUCUGAGCUUCUUGGGCAAUUGUUUCUCUCUCUUCUGGGUUCUGGAUUUGUAAUUGCCGAGGAAAAACUCUCCACAAAUAGUAGUUUCUCGAAGAUGUUCUAUGAGUGCAGAGAUUACAUCCUUUCAUCUUGUCAAGGCAGCAUAUGGGCUCAGAAAGUUGAUGAUAUAUGCCAGGUCUAUGAAACUGUGGAGAUGAUGCUACUGAAGCCAGAGGAAGUUAUGAAGAUGGGAAACCAACCCGGAGAAACAACCCCCACCGCCAGCGAACCGAGACGCCGAUUCAAGAAGCUCAGCGCCAUCUUUGGCAAUUCAGGCAAACCAUCCAAAGAACAGAAAUACGAAGACACCACCACCACCACCACCAUCACCGCACCACCACGUGAAUCAAUUUCCUCCAUAUUUUCAAAAAAACCUCCUCGGCCCGACGCUUUGUCCGCUGCUGACAAACCCGUUUCCUCUGUUGAUAACGGUUGGACAGUCGUUUAACAUGAUCUCAUCGAUUUCUCUUGUAAAUGUGUAUCGAUUCAAAUCAAAAGCUCAGUGAA